UGGGCAACUGGUUCCAGUGCCUCACCUACCUCACAGUAAUGUAUUCCUUCCUAAUAUUUAAUCAGAACCUGCCCUCUGUCAGUUUAAAGCCAUUCCCCUUUGUCCUAUCACUAUGUUCUUGUGCAAGAAGGCCCUCCCAACAAGGCUAUUUCCAGUGCUGUAGUAUUGACACUUGCAGGGCUUUGCCUUCUUUCCACAGGACACAGUCAAUAAGACAAGCAGAUGUGAAGAAGUGUCACAGGCAGCUGUGAGCAAGCAGUCAUCAACAGAGACUUGUGGUGGUAUCAGGGACCUGGAGAAGUGCAGGGCUGCAAAUAUCCUCCCUUCCCUUUCCUGUGUCCCGGGGCUCUCGAGCUUCUCAGUGCAGAUGUGCAUCUGACACAGAACCAGCUCCUUCUGUGAUGCCACCUGAGUUAAUGUUCCUUGGUGUCCUGGGCUGGGAACACGACCCCCGUGCUCUUCCCAGCCUCUCUGGGGCUGAGAUGCUUCUCCCCUCUUGCAGUGGCCUGGACAGCAGCCAGUGAUCAACAGGAGUGUAAAUGCAAGCAGCUCUGUGAAUGGAAUAGCUGCAACGAUCUGAGGGGGCAUUUGCCUCCAAAGCACUGCUGGUAAAGGAGAAUAUGACCACCAGCUUAGCAGCAACCAGGGCAUUAGGGAAAGGCUUCUGAGGCACAGAAGAAACAGUCUGGAAACAAAGGCUGGGAGAAGCAAGGAGAGUUUGAGAGAGGAGAGAGAGAAGUGGCAAGGAAGUGGCCAGCGAGCUCAGGUGCUCUGCAGCUUGGCCCCCUCUGUCUGUAAGGAGCUCCCUGGCAGCUGAGUGCCGUGGGUGACCUCGCUCAGGACACUGAGGGCUGCAGCAGGCACAGACCCACAGCUCUGCAGGUGACCAGGUGACCCUGGGCUUUCCCCUGUGGCUCCCAGGCUGCUGGGAGAGGUGUGGAUACACACCAACCCCACGUCUCCAGUGGGAAGUGUGUGGGACCCGGGGAACCCCAGCUUCCGCAAAGGGGACGUGUUCUUGCAGCUGCAAUUCCUGGGGGGCUGGUGGGAAGCUGGAGGUUGCCCAAGUCUUGUGAAUUUGUUUUUAUAUGGGGUGAGAGCUUGUCAACAUUAGUUAUGUAAAGAUGUUUAGAAAUGUGGGGUCUGACCCUGCCCACAGCCUGUUGUGCCCAAAAUGACAGAAUCAGAGGAUCUCCUCUACCCUGAGCUUAGGUUUGUCCUCACUUGAAAGCAGUUCUGUGCCCUGAUCUUCUGAUGCUUCAGCUGAAAUGCCUGUGCUACUGCUCUGAGCUCUCCCACUCCUGCACUGCACCCAUGCAUUCCUCUCCACAGGGAGGAACAUUAUGAUGGAACAAGAGCAGAGGCUGCGUUCCCAUCUCUGUUCCACCUAUGUCGGCAGCUUUUGCAGUCCCAACCAAGUGAGACUUCGUGAUCUGUCAUGCACACAGACACUGGCACUGCCCACUGAUCCUUCUGCCCCACAGUGCCAGGUCAUAUUGAACCCCGUUGCUCAAAGCCUUGGCCUCCCUUCCAGUAGAAUUCAAUCCAAACUGUGUUGGCAAGUUCUCUGUUGUGCUCUGCAUUUCUGGCCUCAGGAUGCACAUGGGCACUGCCCAGUCUGACUCACAGAUCUGCUUUCCUGUCACUUUUGGUUCCGUUUUGCAGGCUGUGCUCAGUGGGUUCAGCCCUUUGCUAGCAAAUGCCAAAUAAACGUGCCUGUGUCUGUAUUUUCCCACACAGGGACCCUGAGAAGGAAAGAGCAGGCACCAGAGAGGGAAGGCCAUGGGUGACCUGUGAAACUGCCUGAGGCUGUGCAAAUGGGCACUGUUUGAGCUGCAGUGAUGCUCCCCUUCAUUUGCUUUCAUUUUCCUUGAUCAGUUUGUGUUGCAAUGAGCAGCUUGUGAAAUGUCUGGUCAGGGAAAUGAUGAAAAUUCCCCGAUCUCCAUGUGCUUUGGGUAAUACCCAGGACAUGGCUAUUUCAGCACAUUACAUUAGAGCCACCAGUGUGGGAGGUGGCCUGUGCAGGAGGAAGGCUGUGUUUGUGGCCACACUGGUAACAGGGACCCUUCGAGAAGAGUGAUCCUCUUGUAGAGAUGAUGAAUGACCAAGGAAGAGUCAGCCCUGGAACUGCAGGUAACCCCCAAACCUUCCUUCCUUUCUGUCCUCCUGUCAGGAUGGAGCUGGGGGAAAGACAGGGCUGGGAUGGAUCCUGGGCAUGGUGCAGUGGCGGUCUCCAACCAGGACACGGGGCUUAGGACAAGAGCAGAGCUACAGAUGGCCCAGCUCUCUGCAUCACGCUGAGCACAAGCCCCUGCUUCCAUCCCUGUGUCUCGAAGGACAACCCAGCCUGGGCUCUCCCAGGAGCUCCCAGGUGCCUUCUCCCCCUGUGGAAACAAUCCCUUCUGUGAGUCUGGCUGUGCACAGCUCAGCUGGGCACUCACUCCUCUGGGGGACUGUGCCAUUGCAGAAAGGGGCUCACAGCACAGAGGCAAAAUAGAGGCAGUGAGAGAAAGAAGCUCUGAAGAGAGAGGAAGAGGAGGGAGAUCCAGAAAGAGCGUUCAGGGACAGACAGGGGCAGUGAAAGGCAACAAGGAAGAUGUGCCGAGGAGAAAGGAGGUCUGGCAGGACAAAGAGGGAGUGAGCUUUGGGCAGAAUCCAGGCAGGUCUUGUGAUGAGCAGGGAAAGAAGAAAGCAGCCUCAGGGCAGCCCCUGUGUCCCUGUACUCUGUGGGUCUGAGGCACUGCCAGUGACAGGCAGCAGGACCUGCUUCCAGCACCUGUGGGCCUCCCCAGCCCUGGGAACAAGAGACCAGCAGGGUGUUGGGGUACACAGCCCCUGGGUUAUCCUGCCCCCAGCUCUGGGCUGGGACUUGCUCACUCUUGCUUGGUGUUUUUCAGCCCCAGCAAAGGAGAGAAGCUGCUCCUGCCUGAACAUCUGGCUCUUCCUCCUUUUUGCCCUUGCCAUCAAAGCUGCCUUGGUGACCAUCUGCCUUGUGGCUUUACUCAAUGGAAGCUACGGCCAGUACAAUACUCUCCCUCAGGACUCUACAGAGUGGUACUGUGUCCCCAGCAGUUCUGCAGAAAAAAUGGAUGGUUGGAUGUGCUGCCCAAAGGGCUGGAGAUUCUUUCAAGCAAGCUGCUAUUUCCUGUCCCCUGACACCAGGUCAUGGACUGAGAGUGAGCAGAACUGCACUGGGAUGGGCUCCCAGCUGGUGGUGAUCAACAGCAAGGCAGAGCAGGAGUUCCUCUUCAACUUGAUAAAAGAAAAAGUUACUACCACCUAUGAAACAAAAUACUACAUAGGCUUAGCUGCUUACAAAAAUGGGCAGUGGCAGUGGGUGGAUCAGACUCCGUAUGAAAAUACAGCCACGUUCUGGAAGCCUGGGGAGCCCAAUUUACUCUUUGCAGAAAGAUGUGCUGCAAUUCAUGUCAGGGGAAACACGGACCCCAACACCUACAGUAACUGGAAUAAUGUCCUUUGCUUCACAAGUUGCUAUCGAAUUUGUGAACAGGCAGUCAAACUUCUCUGAGGAAGGACAUGAAAUCCGAGCUUCAAAGUACCUCAGUUCCCAGACUGUGCCCCUUCAUCCCUUUACAAGCUGGAGAUCAGUCCUGGAUGAAAGAGCUCAGACUGAUGUCAAGGACCUACUGUGAACCUUUCCACUCUCCUCCUUCAGAAAGGAGGGUCCUAAUUCUCCAUCACUUCCCUUCACUCCUGGUCCAGCCAAUAUCUCAGUGAUGUGGAAAAGGCCAUCACUGCUUAGUGAAAGGAUACUUGUCCUUCAUAUGUCUGGAGCAGAAUUUGAAAGAAGAGCAUUCAGUGGAGUGUCCUUGUCCCUCCUCUGAAUGGAAAAUUUAUUUAUGGCUGUAGUGUUUCCUUCUCCUUAGCACAUUGUGUGUUGAUUAGCUUUUUUUUAAAUAAUAAAUGUUAAUUGUGCUCUUUGCAUGAGGAUGUCUUCUGAGUGACAUGCCCCCGAUUCCCACAAUCCAGCCUCCCAGCACAUGUAGAUGAGGAUACUGCUGAGUGUACUGGACUGGCUGGGAGCAGGAACAAUGUAAUGUUCAUCUGUAGAGCAUGUGAGGAAGGUCCUGAACACUUUGGAGAAUCAUUUGUGAAGGCAGAAACAGAGCAGACUGUGUAAUAUUCAGGGCCAGCCACGAUUUGCUCAGGAUGUAGCAGAAAAAAGAUGGAUUUUGGAGAGUCUGCUGAGGCGGGAUGAGGCAUGGCAAUGAAGGGGAUAGAAAGCAAUUAAAUGUAACAAGAAGGAUAAAAGUCAGA